AGCCCAAACUCACUAAAACAGUGUUUUUCCUAUUGGGUUUACCUUGAAAGGGUAUGGGCUCGCUAACCUGAUGGAAAACGGAUCGAGCUCGUCGUGACUUGUCUCAGAAUUACUCAAAUUUUGGUUUAUGCUUGCGGCGUCGAAUGAGAGCCAAGCGGAGCAGCAAUGGCUAGGCUAAUACGACCUCUAAGGCAAUGGCCUCUGUUGCAGCAACACUACUGCUCUCCCGCGUCGUUUCAUCAUCUCCUAUCUCCAUCUUUAUUAUUAUCCACCAAAACUGCUUCUCAUCGUCUCGCUUUCGCUGCAGUGUACUCCUCUAAUCGUCGCUUCCAUUAUCGUUCACGCGGUCUCAGAUUGCCCGAUGCUUCAACACCAUCCGAUCUCGAAGAAGGAGGAGCAAGCAGCAGCGAUUCAGAUUCCGAUGUAAAGAAGAGUCGCAACGAAAAGAAGCGCGAGGCUAGGCGCGCUGUUCGUUGGGGCAUGGAGCUCUCUUCUUUCUCUGCCCCUCAAAUCAAGCGCAUUCUCCGAGUGGCGUCCCUUGAGCGAGAAGUGUACGAUGCUUUAAUGCUAGUUAAGAGACUAGGACCCGAUGUUCGAGAGGGAAAGCGGAGGCAAUAUAAUUAUAUUGGGAAACUACUGCGGGAGGUAAAACCGGAAUUAAUGGAAGCUUUGAUUCUUGCAACAAAAGAUGGUGACUGGAGUAGGCUCCAGGCUAUAUCUGAUAUAGACACAGGAAUUAUUGGGGAUGAUUAUGAAGAAUCUGAAGAAACUGAUUAUGAAGAGGAAGAGGAGGUUUCACAACAGUACAUUGACAUGGCAACGAGAUGGCUUGAUGGCAUAAUCAAUAAGGACUUGAAGAUUACAAAUGAAGUUUAUGCUAUUCGCACUGUUGAUUUUGAUCGUCAGGAACUGCGUAGACUUGUUCGAAGGGUGCAUGCAGUUCAUGAAAGCAGGAAUAUCAAUGAGGAGAAUGAACAGGAAGCAGAAGCGGCAAUAAUGGCUGCCAAAAAGCCCCUAACUCACUUCCUUCGUGGCCUGGCCAAGCAAAUAUCUACUGAAUCUAGUCAUAUUGGUUUGUAACAUAAUUAAUUUUGAUCAAAAUAAUUUAAUACGUGUUAUAAAUGUUGUCUUACAUGGACCAUUAGAAAAAGAGCUUGAUAGUAGCAGCUUUAUGGAGGAUAAACCAAAAGUGGCAAAUUUACCUUGUGGCUUGUGUUUGGGCCUGGGCUUGGGCGUGCCCUUCCCUUAUUUAGCCAUGGGUGUCACCAUUCCUGGUCUUUGGGGAUAUGACCUCUACAUACAUCAUCUCUUUUCCUGCCAAACCUCAUUCGGGUCGUCGAACCAGUAUUAAAGGUACUUGUUAAAGGAGCAGAAAAAGGCUUAGCAACGAAACCACGGGUAAAGCGGUAUCCAAUUUUUCUGGAUUUGAACUUGAUGGUAUCGGAGAACUUAAGCAGACAUUGGCAGAUCAGUGACUCAAGUAGUGAUGAAAAUCUUGAAUCUAAUUUGCAUGCUGCCACCUACAGGGUCACCUUUCAGGACGUUAUCCUAACAGUAACCGUCUAUGUCCUUUAGUAAGAAACUUUAGCUUCAUGGUCUCUACUUAGUGAUUGUUACGUUUGAUUUCUUCAUUACUUGUGGAUUUCUUGUGGCACACAGCCAACUUUUAUUUAUUUAUCAUCAUUCUUUGUGAAA